ACUAAUCCCAAAUUACAAUCGUCAUUCACAACACUAUGCAAAAAUUAUUUCGUUUAUUUUAGUAAUAAUAUAACAAGAAAAUGUAAAUAUUAAAAUAGUGACAUGAAAGUACAUAGCUCAUAUAAAUACAGAUAAUAUUAUCACUUAAAUAAUGGGUAUUAAACCAAACUUAACUUUAAUUGAAAAGAUAAUUCCCCACACGAUCAGCAAAAAUGCUGCAUUUAGAAAUGUGAAAAAUGUAAACAUUUCAUACAAACAUAAUGAAAAUCGAUUUAUAGUAAAAUUGCAGGCUGAAAAACCUCAACAUAAUGAAGGAUUAAAAUCAACAGAGAAAUUCGAUAGUUAUUUGCAACAUUCAUUUGACGUCGAAAGAAAUAAGUUUAUAGAAAAUGUGUUACGUAAUAAAGAACGUAUCGAACCUCGAGAAUAUAGCGGGAAAAAGAUAGUGAUUGAUUAUAGUUCUCCAAAUAUUGCUAAGCCAUUCCAUGCUGGCCAUUUGAGAUCUACCAUUAUAGGAAACUUUAUAAGCAAUAUACACCAACAUUUCCAUAAUAAGGUUACAAAAAUCAACUACUUAGGUGAUUGGGGCACACAGUUUGGGCUGUUACAAUAUGGUCUCACAUCCAAAAAUAUAAAUAUAAAUGAACUACAAAAUAAUCCAAUCCAAACACUCUAUGAUGUGUAUGUUCAUGCCAAUAAACUGGCUUCCAAAGAUGAAGAUGUUAAACUACAAGCAAGAAAGUUUUUCUCAGACAUAGAACAAGGCAGGACAAGUUUAGACAACUGGAAGAAAAUAAGGAAAGUUACUGUUCAUGAAUUAGGGAAAAUUUAUAAUAGGCUAGGUAUUACCUUCGACGCUUACCAUUGGGAAUCUGAUUACAAUGGUGGAGCUAUUAAAGAUAUAAUAAAUUUAUUAGAAACAGAAAAUAUAAUUAGGACAGAUGAAUCUGGAAAGAAAGUAGCGACAGUUAAAAACAAAGAUGUAACUGUAUUAAAAAGUGAUAAGUCCACAUUAUAUAUAUCGCGGGAUAUUGCAGCGCUCUUAGAUAGAUAUAAAAAAUAUGAUUUUGAUAAAAUGCUGUAUGUAGUAGAUAAUUCACAGACAGAUCAUUUUGCCGCCGUUUUUGAGGUUGUCGGAAGAAUUAAUAAGAAAUGUGCAGAUGGCUGUGAACAUAUAAAAUUUGGUAGAAUUAAAGGAAUGAGCACCAGAACAGGAAAUGUUGUAUUUCUCAAUGAUAUACUUGAUGAAGCUAAACAGAAAAUGCAUGAAAAGCAACUGCAAUCAAAAAAUACAAGAAGUUCCGCAAUGAAUGAGAAAACUUGUGACAUUCUUGGAACAUCGGCUGUUGUAAUAAAUGAUUUGAAACAGAGACGACAAAAGGAUUAUGACUUUGAUUGGAACAGAGUUCUUCAAAGUGAAGGAGAUAGUGGCAUCAAACUGCAAUAUCUACAUUGCAGGCUUUGGAGCUUGGAACAAAACUGUGGCAUUCAACUUCCAGAGGAAUGCAAUCCAAGUUAUUUGACUGAAGAAAUUAUUGGGGAUGUCAUAGGAGAACUGGCAAAGUUUGAAUAUGUUUUAGAAAAAUCCCUUACAGAAUAUGAAGCUUGUGUAUUGGUGAACUAUUUAUUCCGACUCAACAAACAUGUUAACAGAAUGUUCAAUGAGUUAAGAGUUAAAGAUGUUGAUGCUGAUUUGGCUGCACAAAGGCUGCUUAUAUUCCAUUCUGCUAGGGAAGUCAUUAAAACUAGCUUGGAAAUUUUGGGUGUAAGACCUCUGUAUGAAAUGUAGGUACAGUUUAGAAAAAAGUUUUUCCUAGUCUAUGGUAUCUAUAUAAAAUGUAUGUAUGUAAUUAAAAUAAAUUAUUUACUCCACCAUAUCUAUAA